AUGGCCGAGCGGUCUAAGGCGCUGCGUUCAGGUCGCAGUCUCCCCUGGAGGCGUGGCCGCACUUUGCUUCUUCAUCCACCGGGGAAACUGUACGCAGCCGCACUCCGCCCGAGGCCGGACUCCGCGCAGCCGCACUCCGAAUCCGUCCCCGCUGGUGCGGGCCCCGCGGGGGAGUCAAAAUCAGAAUGGAGGUGCUUGGGCUUAACUGCUGGUGGGCUUUCCCUUCAGCGCAUCCAUGCAGCUCCACGAGGUAUCCUGGAAGACACAACCUGCUGCACAGGUGUCACUAAGGGACCCAUUCGUUUUAGUAACCUGAGGAGUUUCUACAGGCUCUCUCCAGAGUGUAGGAGACACGCCGUGGUGUUUGUGACUCUCCAAAACAGAGAAGUCUGUGCCGAUCCAGAGGCCAAGUGGGUACAAGCUGCAAUCCGGCGCCUGAGGAAAAAGAAGUAAUUUAGCACAGCUGCCCUUAGCAGGGCUGGACUCCCCGGGGCCUGCUGGCCCGGCUCUAUUUAAGUAAAAGA